GACCAUCUCGACGACAUGGCUGCACAACCCAAGGCCGUUAAUCCUAUGAAAGAGCUGCGUAUCAGCAAGCUCGUCAUCAACAUCUCAGUUGGCGAGUCUGGCGAUCGUCUGACCCGUGCGUCAAAAGUCUUGGAGCAGCUGACUGGUCAGACACCAGUAACUUCAAAAGCACGAUACACCGUGCGUACGUUUGGUAUUCGUAGAAACGAAAAGAUCGCCGUACACGUUACAAUCCGUGGGCCAAAAGCAGAGGAAAUUCUCGAGCGAGGCUUGAAGGUUAAGGAAUACGAGUUGCGCCGCAAGAACUUUUCUGCGAUGGGCAACUUUGGUUUUGGUAUUACGGAGCAUAUCGACUUGGGUGCACGUUACGACCCCAACAUCGGUAUCUUCGGUAUGGACUUCUACGUUGUGAUGGGACGCCCGGGUGAUCGUGUUUCAAAGCGAAAGGCGAAGAGGGCACGCAUUGGGUUCCAGCACCGCGUUAAGAGGGAGGACACAAUGGCGUGGUUCAAGACCCGCUAUGAGGGUAUCAUCGUAGCAAAAUAACUGUAUCAUUCCUAGCUAUUAUGAUCUCCUCGCUCUACUCAUAUGUUUCAUGUAUGUGCAUGCUGCCAAAACCAAGCACUUAUACUCUCACAUAUCUAUGUCGGAGCUAUUAUACUAUCAGCUGGGCGCAAGAGUGCUGGCUCGUCAUGUGCUAUUCAUCAUUUCAACUCAGGAAUGUCGGGAUGUCUCCUAUGGUUGCUGUGA